AUGAAGGGGAAGGGGAAGGUUUACCAACCGCCCACCGGAGAAGAAGUCACGCAAAUCAAGGACGCGACCAGCCUUUACCGCUCCGCCUCCUUCAAGUUGCAGAUAGACGCGCUGUUACCCACUAUACGCCCUAAACCUUCGCACACCGCACCGCUCGAACGUUUCCUCUUGGCCCUUCAUACCUUCCUAACAUCACUUCCGCCUCUGCCAGAAACCCACCCGCGUCAGGCCGCGGACGCGCUCUCCGCGGCAACCAGCGCACCAAGCAAAAAGAAACGUCGAAAGUCGGAAGGGCCACCGCCUGCACCACCCAGCACUGUACACAUCCCGUAUCCUCAACCGUUACCCCCGCACGACACUAAAUGGAAGGUCUCGUUUGAACCUCCUGAAGCAACCGGCGUGUUGCUCACCGGAAGCUGGGCAGACGGUCUUUCUGUCAAAGGACUAACAGACAAACAUGGAGGUACCGAGGGCGCGCGCUUUUCCGUCGAUGUCGCUGUGGAGAUGCCGGACAGCCUCUUCCAGGAGAAGGACUACCUAGACAACCGCUUUUUUCAUAAGCGCGCAUUCUUCCUUGCGAGGAUUGCUGCCGCGCUCGCUCAACAGGAAUCCUCCCCAGGGUUCAACGUAGACGCAUACUACGCUUCUGCAGAAAACGACGUACGACGUACCAUACUCGUUUUAAGACAUCGGCAAGAUGGUUCGGCCACAGACUUUUCCAAGCUGCACGCAGAAGUCCGGAUCAUCCCAACACUCGGUGUCUCCGCCCCGAUCUCGCUUCACCGACUCUCCCCCUCCCACGCCAAUCUCAGGAUCUCCUCUUCGUCCGACUCCUCCCCACAGACUACACCUGAGCCAACACCCCUCUACAAUAGCACGCUCCUCCUGUCGUACACUCCGCGGCGCUAUCUCCUUGCUACACAUACCCUCGUGCAGAACGCUCCAGCCUACAAAGAUGCCCUUGCGCUGCUCCGUAUUUGGGCGAAUCAGCGUGGCUUUGCCUCAGUUUCCCCCGCAAGCCCCUCUUCAUCUACCGACGCAUUGUGCGUCGACGGUUUCGAAACCAAGGGUCCAUGGUGGAACGCGCUCCUGGAGCUGGUCGUGAACGGUGAAGAGCCAACGUCUGCAACCGGACUCAAGCGCAAGACUAUCGGGAGCAGACGCGCCUUGGGCAAGGGGCUCAGUUCCUACCAGCUGUUCCGAGCUGUGUUGGACGUUCUUUCGAGGCAUGACUUCGUCAAGGAACCAGUGUUCGUCAAAACCCAAAAUGGCCACAGGUACCCGCCUGAGGAGUAUUCGGCUCACCAUGAUGCGGUCUUCGUUGACUCUAGUUCGCUAGUCAACCUGUUGGCUGGAACUCCUCUUGGCAGUCUUGAUUUGCUCCGACAUGACGCGAAGAUCACUCUAGAUCGCAUCGAUAGUUCUUCCGCAACAGACGAUCCUUUCCCAGACGUGUUUUUGCACGACCAUCGCUCGCUGCAGACACGCUUCGACACUGUUAUCCGUGUUGACUUAUCGGCGUCCCCCAUUCGCUCUCCCUCGGUGCAUGCUACGCUCGAGCAUGGUUCGGUAUGGAAGGCCACGACUAGCGUUCUCGUCGCCACGCUUCGUGAAGGACUCGGCAAUCGUGCCAAGGUUACGACCCUGUUGCAUCCUUCCGUAUCUUCUCUGCGGUCCACAUCGGUUCCAUCCCUUCCUCCAAUCCCGCCAGUAGUUUUCAUUGGACUCGUGCUCGACCCCGAGCAUGCCUUCCGUCUCGUAGAUCACGGACCAGCGGCAGAGGAGGGCGACACCCCGGAGCUGACCGCAUUCCGCAAGCUCUGGGGGCCGAAAGCGGAGCUGCGCCGGUUCAAAGACGGACGGAUCACGGAGAGCGUUGUCUGGGAGGUUCGCACAGCGGAGGAGCGCGCGCGCGUGCCGGCGCUCAUCGUGGAGCACCUACUCUGGCACCACUUCGAUAUCCAAAAGGAGCAGCUGAAGUCUUGGAUUGCAGGCUAUGACGAGCUACUCCGGAUGCCGAAGGAAAUUGCGGCACUACAUCCCGGCCAGGCCACGGGCGGCUUCAAAGCCGCAAUGGCUGCAUUCGACGGACUGGUCAAGACGCUGAAGAGUCUCGAUGAUCAGCUGCCGCUUGGUGUGACGACAUUGAGCCCGGUCUCUGAGUACCUCCGAUAUACCAGCCCUUUCGCCCCGGUCCCGCUUCCCGCCACAGGUGCAUCCGUUCUACCGGAAUGUGCGCGCUACCUUCCAACCAUGGACGUCGUCUUGGAGUUCGAAAAGUCCGGCCGGUGGCCCGACGAUCUGCAGGCAAUACAGAAGGUGAAGCUCGCAUUCUUCGAGACCCUCGCGAAUGCGUACAUGAUCGUCGAGCCCGGAUCUCGGGCGCAGAUCGUCUUGGACGACCACGAAACCGACAUCGAAGAUCACACCAGGCUGGAGAUUGUCACCGCCGGCGGCUGGGCCUUCUCGCUUCGGAUCUGGCAUGACCGCGAGGCCACGCUGUUGGAUAGGAUUUUGGAGGACCGGACGUAUAUUACUCAAGCUGCAGCUCGAGGUGAUGCUAGUCCGAAGGAGAAGAAAGAGGCAGCGGCGGCCAAGGAGCUGUACAACCGCCGGUUCAUACAUGCUCCGAGACAUCAUCGUGCUAUCGCGGCUCUUUGUCACCGAUUCACGGCGUUUGCGGGGUCCGUGAGGCUCGUGAAACGGUGGCUAGCCAGUCACUGGCUUGCCCACGGGCAUAUCAGUACGGAGGCAAUCGAGCUCCUCUGUGCGGCCGUGUUUCUAAAACACGGCGCAUCGGCUGCUCCCGGCAGCAAAGAAUGUGGUUUUGCUAAUGUCGUUGAACUACUGAGGGACUGGCGAUGGGAGGAAGCUAUGGUCGUUCCGCUAUACGCUGCGGACAGCGACGUGCCCAAGCAGCCCGACGUGCCUCCUGCUCCCACGAGCAGUCAACAUAGCGUAUGGCGGAUAUUUACCGAGGCGGAUCCUGGAGGACUGAUGUGGACCGGGAUGGGCCCUGGACUGGUCGUCGCUCGGAGAGUGAAGGCGCUCGCUGCCGCCACGUUCGACUUGAUGAAUGGCAUGGUAAUGGACAGCUUUGUGCCCAACAAUCUGUUCAGGCAUCCAACGGAAGACUAUGACUUCGUCGUUGAGCUUGAUGCGGCUGUUCUGCCACGGUAUCAUCAAAAUGUCAGCGCGGACCCCAGGAAGUGGGCGCGGAAAGGGAAAUAUGCCAACAUGAGCAACACCGAGUCUGACGACGGCCCGUUGCGGCCAGGUUUCGAUCCUGCGCAACUGUUCUUCGACGACCUCCAGCGCAUAUACAAAGACACGUUCCUGCUGUUUUGGGAUCCACUCGGCGGCGACAAAUUCGGCGGCGUGUGGGACCCGACGCUGAAAGCGCCGAGACCUUUCCGCGUGCUUGGCGGAUUUUCUAGCGCCCCCGCGCAGGUGGCACAGGCAAAGGGGAAAGACAAAGAUGCGGUCGUUCUCAACGAGCCAGGCGUGCUUGCUGAGAUUGAACGCAUGGGCCAAACAAUUGUAAAGCGGAUUGUAGUGCAGGUAUAA